AAUGCAAAUAAAAGCAAUGAGAAAAAUAAUAUUCAGGUUGCGGUCCGAUGUCGCCCUAUUCCAUUGCCAGAUCGAGGAAGUAAUCUAAACGUAGAAAUUAUAAAUGAUCGACAAGAAUUGCGCCUCCACUUAAACGAUAAAUCGACUAAAAUUUAUACCUUUGAUCGGAUUUUUACACCUGAAACUAAUCAAUUGAAUAUCUAUAAGUCCAUGGUUAUACCUAUGAUAGAAGAAGUUUUAGAAGGCUACAAUUGUACUCUAUUUGCGUAUGGUCAAACAGGCACAGGUAAAACACAUACUAUGAUUGGCCAACGAGAUGAUCAGGCUUUUUUAUCAUGGGAAGAUGAUCCUAAGGCUGGAAUAAUACCAAGAGCACUAGGGCAACUAUUUGAUCGAUUAGAAGCAAUGGAUGGCGAUUACACUAUGAGGAUAUCAUAUCUAGAAUUAUACAAUGAAGAUAUUUAUGAUUUGUUAUGUCUUGGAAACAUUGAAAGCCAGAAAAAAUUAAGAAUCUUUGAGGAUUCAUCCAAAAAAGGCAAAGUAGUUGUACAUGGUGCCGAGGAAGUACUUAUUCGAUGCAAAAAUGAAGCCUUUGACGUGCUGAACAGGGGAGCAGCUAGACGGCAGAUUGCUGAAACAGAAUUAAAUGCAAGUUCAAGCCGUUCUCAUACUUUACUAACCAUUAGUAUGGAAAUGAAGGACAAGGGAUUUUCAACUGCGGAAUUUGCCAAGGAAGAAACUAUGAAGAUUGGUAAACUCAAUCUGAUCGAUUUAGCUGGAAGCGAGAAUAUUAGCCGCUCUGGUGCUUCAGAGCGAAGAGCACGAGAAGCUGGCAAUAUAAACCAAAGUUUAUUGACGUUAGGUCGGGUUAUUAAUGCUCUCGUAGAUGGCAAAUCGCAUAUACCGUAUAGAGAAAGUAAGUUAACUCGAUUAUUACAAGAUUCUUUGGGAGGACAGACCAAAACAUCAAUUAUUGCUACCAUUUCCUUACAAUCGCGUGAUCUAGAGGAAACGGUAAGUACUUUAGAGUAUGCUCGAAGAGCUAAGAAGAUCACCAACAAACCUGAAGUGAAUCAGAGA